AUGGAGAGCAGCCGCGGCGAGCGACCGCCUGAAAUGCUGCGCUGCAGCGGCGGGAGCCGAGCCGCCGUGGGGGGAGCGACCCACGCCGCUGUGGGGGGAGCCACGGGUGCAGUGCACACAACCAUCAUGUGCUACGACCGCUACGUGUCCAUCUGCAAACCCCUGCACUACGGGGUGGUGCCUCCAGCCCUUAACCCCCUCAUCUACAGCCUGAGGAACCAGGAGCUCAAGGUUGCAGUGAGGAGAUUGAUGGGGAAGGAGCAGCAG